AGUGUUACUAUUUUUUUUUUUUUAUGAAGAUUUACAAAAUUUUUGGAAAUUUAUUGAAUUUGUAAAUAUGGAGCAAACAGUUAUGUAUUCGCAUCUUCAACCAUGGAGAACAAUCAAAAGUUUUGGAGAAAAAAAUUCUCAAGUUCCAAAAAUUGGAGAAAUUUAUAAAACUCCUAAAUCUCAUCCAUGGAGACCGACAUUAGGAUAUGAAAAUGUUCAAGUUAUGUCAUUACCAUCACAGUCAAUUACAAAUCAAUUAGUAGACCCUUGUUACACACCAAUUAAUAUGUCAACCGAACCAUUAAAAUUUCCAAACCUUGUCACUGGUUUUGAAAGAAAUCCAUCUCACGCUGCAAGAGCUGCUCUAUACACUAGAUACACUCCCGAUGAAUGGAACCAAAAAGAAGUCCGUCUUGCCAAUGAAGUUAUUGCGAACUGUCAUUAUGCUGAUAAACUUAAGAAUACUACUUUACAAUUAAUAAAAGAAGCUGAAGAAAGAGUUGACGAAGGCCAAAGAGAUUCUUCUCGGAUGUUAGGCCAAAGAGUGAAAGAAAUCGAGUUUUGGGAACGAGAAUUAGCCAAUGAACUGGACAGAAUAAUUAUAGGAAAUAAUAAAAUGCAAGAAUGUAUGAGAACUCUCCAAAGGGCUAUUCAGGAUGUUGAAAUUCCUUUGAGUAUUACUCAAGAAUGCUUAUAUCAUCGCGAGUCUAGACGAGGCACUGAGCUAAUUCAUGAUGAGCCUGAAAAUGCAUUGUUGAAUGAAGUAGAAACAAUUAGAAAUUGUCGUAAAAAAUUGGAAGUUUUUACAGACAAAUGCAAAGAACAAUUAGCAAACGGCCGAGCGAUACAAAAUGAAAUUGAGAAGGAUAUUGACAACAAAAAAUUAGCACUGGAAGCGUCAGACGCUUUUAUAAAAAAAUCCCAACUUAUUCGCGCUCAAUCUGGCCAACUAAUAAACGAAAUUGACAAUGUGAUAAAUGAAGUUGCUCAAGAGUCUUGGAAAGCUUGGGAUUAUACGAAUAAUGCAUUGGCAAGACGGAUUCAUGAAAUUUUAGAAGCUAAAAGCAAACUUUUAGUUCAUUUAAACAAUGUUCAAAAUGAAAUUUUUCUGGUAGAAAAAAAUAUUGAGCAGAUAAAAAAAGCCGUGGAAGACAAAGCGAUGACUAUGAAAGUAGCGCACACGCGGUUGGAAGCAAGAAUUCAUCGACCUUAUGCAGAAUUAUGCAGAGAUGCAGCACAGCUGAGGAUUGUCGAGGAAAUAGAGACAAUUAGGUCAAUGAUUGACAGCUUGCAUAAAAGAUUGCUGGAGUGCGAAGCUCAGCAGAACCAGCUGUUGAGAUCUAGGUCCGAGCUAGAAAAUGAUCUAAAGGCUAAAAUGGACGCGCUGUUUAUUGACCGCGAAAAAUGCAUGAGUUUACGAAGAAGCUAUCCAAUUGUUAGCACAAUAAACUAUUAA